AGAGGCAUAUCUUUUAGUCGGUUACACUGUUACUGUGUUAUUUCAUAAUAGCACGAUGGUUGCUACCUUUGUGCUAUUACUGACUGCCUUAGGCGCCAUCGGCGUUCUGAAAAUUGUCUCUAUGAUGCAUCGGACGUAUUUUUACUGGAGGAAUAAGGGUAUACCUUAUCUGCCAAAAUCAUUACCAUCUUUAAUAGUGUCUUGGAAAUUGCUUUUGGGCAAAAUUUCUUUCGCUGAUUAUAACCAAUACAUAUACAAUUACUUCCCAAAUGCUAAAUAUUUUGGAACCUACAAUUUUGGCGUUCCUACCAUACUUAUACGUGAUCCCGAACUGAUUAAAGACGUAAUGGUGAAGGAUUUCGAACACUUCCCGGAUCAUCUCAGUUUCGUUGAUGAAAACAUAAAUCCGCUGGCUGGCAAGAACAUCUUUGCCUUGCGCGGAGACCGUUGGAGAGACAUGAGGAAUACGCUGAGCCCCUGUUUCACGGCCAGCAAAAUGAAAUUCAUGUUCGAACUAAUAUCGAAGUGCUCUCAAGAUUUCGUCAGUUAUCUGGUCGAUCAUCCAGAGCUCUGUCAUGCGAUUGAAACGAAAGAAGCUUUUAGACGAUACACCAAUGACGUAAUUGCUACGGCAGCCUUUGGCAUAAGUGUGAAUUCCAUGAAGGAUCGGGACAAUGAAUUCUACACAAGAGGAAUAGAGGCUACCACUUUUUCCAAUGGACCGUUAACGUCCGUUAAGGUUUUAAUAUUAAGCGCGACUCCAUGGCUCUUUAAAUUAAUGGGCUUAUCACUUUUCCCGCUGGGCCUGUGCAAAUUUUUCAAGAAGGUCGUUGGGGAAACGAUUAAAGCGCGAGAAGAGCAAGAUAUCGUCCGACCGGAUAUGAUUCAUUUGCUAAUGCAGGCUCGAGACAAGGAUAAUGCCAGUGUACCGAAAAUGACAUUAGACGACAUCGUUUCGCAAGCAUUCACGUUUUUCUUCGCUGGCUUCGACACUUCGUCGACAUUGAUGUGUUUCCUUGCUCACGAACUGGCGGUUAAUCGAGAGGUUCAGGAUCGUCUACGCGAAGAAGUACAGCAACAUCUUAUCGAAGGCAACGGAGAGAUUUCUUACGAAGCGCUGUCCAAGAUGUCUUACAUGGAUAUGGUGGUUUCCGAGACUCUCAGAAAAUAUCCACCGGCGGUCGCUACGGACAGACUUUGCUCGAAGAGAUAUGAGCUCCCUCCGUCGCAGCCAGGCUGCAAAAAUAUAAUCGUCGAACCUGACUAUACACUGAUUAUUCCCAUUUAUUCUUUACAUCGCGAUCCGAAAUAUUUUCCGAAUCCGGAUAAAUUCGAUCCCGAAAGAUUCAGCGAGGAAAACAAGGAUAACAUUUUACCAUACACUUAUCUGCCAUUCGGUCACGGGCCUAGAAAGUGUAUCGGCAAUCGAUUCGCUCUUAUGGAAACGAAGAUCCUGAUAGCCCAUCUUUUACAAAGAUUUACUUUGAGGACCGUAGAAAAAACCAUGGAACCAGUUAUAUAUUCCAAGAAGGAAUUUACUUUAAAACCUGUUGGCGGAUUCUGGAUUGGUCUGGAGAAGACAGAAACGUGAAAAAUCGAGUGCAAAGAACACAAUUCUACGAUAUACUUAUAUUUGUAAAAAUAUUAUCGCGUGUUUAACUUUAAAUAUUCCAUUUGUUUGAAAAACACUUGAAGAACACAAUAGAAUUAUUUGCAAUCUGCGUAUUGCUUUAUCUUUGACUGCACAAUCAACAUGAUUAACUUUUUACUGGUAAAAAAUGAAGAAACCGAUAGAUAUUGCUACUUAUCUAGAUUGACGAUUCUAUUUCGUAUAUACAUCAUUUUUAAUGACUAACGUAAAUUCCACUUGUCAACCAGUGACAUGGUAGAAUAGAAUUUAUAUGUUUAAUUCUUUAUACAUCACACAUUAAGAUCACACAUUUUGUCGUGCGGAUAGUAUAACAUUUGUUUAUUUUAGACACAGUAUUUUUUAUACAAUAUAAUAUAUUAAAUACAUAAAGUGAAUCAAAAUGGAAAGCGAUGAAAACGUACAUCAAUUAGAAAAUGCCACUUAUUGGUCAGAUAUACUUUGUAGCCUAAUAAUAUUAUAUGGAUUUUUGUAAGUUCCUUUCUAACUCAGUAAAUUACUUUCCGAUUACUUAUAUUUCCGAUAACUAAUAUUCUGACAACUUUACAUCAUUUUCGUUUUUCAAUUCAGGUUACUUUAAAUAAUUCACACCUUUUAUAAUCAGUUGAAAAAUAAAGCAUUUGACGUACAUUUUUUGGCAAUGUAUAGUAAUAUCAACAAAUGAUGCAAAUACACCAAUAUAACAAAUGACGUAAUACACGUAUUAUGCGUAUUAUAUGCAUCUUUAUAUUUAAAAAAUAUAAUUUAAAGUUUUUCAACUUUA